AUGAGAAAGUCGUAUAGUAAAGAAGAAAUAGUCAUCGCGCAGAAUGGAAGUCAAGUCGAGUCCUACAAUACCCAGCAGAGCAUGUUGUUAGUGGCCAUAGCAACAUGUUUAGCCAUGAUUACCAUAUACGUGGUCUGGACGUCAUGCCGUAAUUACGAGAAGGACUGGCUACGAAAGCAGGUGCAUGUCAACGCGGCUCCACCCGUCAUUCAUGUUCAGCAGCCAACGACUGUACCGCAGUCGGCAGCCGCCACAGUGUAU